AGAGAAUUGGGGCUGGGGGCUGUUAACAAAGGCCACGCCCCCCUCCCCACCGCUUCCCUCUGGAAAGGAGGCUGCCGGGCGUUGUUCGCCUCCCACGGCCGGGGUCGCCGUUGCCUCGCCUGGAACGAGCGCGUCCAGGGGGGGAGGCGGCCUCGGGCGCCUCCCCUUCCUCCGCCGCCGAAAGUGAAAGCGGCCCGAGCUUAACGCACCGCGCCGCGUCUCUCUGCAGCUCCCGCUCUUCGACCGCCCGUCCGAGAUGCCCGACGCCUCCUUCGCGGCCGCCCGCCGCCAGCGGAGCCCCCUCCGCUUCCCUCUCCUCCUCCUCCUGCUGGGUGCGUCCCUGGGCGCCUCCUCGCCGCCGUCCGCGGCCAAGCUGGGCUGCUGGUUCGUGGAGGAGGCGCGUGGUGGGCGCGGGGCCGGCUCGGUUAUGCCCAGCGACCUGAGCCAGCGCCGCGCUCUGCUCCUCCUGCCGCCGCCCGGCCAGCGCCUCUCCGAAGCCGCCCUGGAGCCCGAGCUGCCCGCCGAGGUGGAGCCCGGCCUGGCCUUCCAGCUGCUGGACCCCGCCGGGACCCUCUGGAGCGGCAAGGAGGCUGGCGCCCAUCCCCGCUGGGCGGCCUCAGCUCUGCCCGGCCCCGGAGAGCCGGAGGUGGCCUGCGAGAUCAACCCCUACCACCCGCGGGAGGCGCACGUGCCCUGGGCGGUGGGCCUGGUGGGGCAGAAGGGCUGCCCGCGCUCCCUGGAGGGCCGCUGGGUCAUCGCCACCGUCCAGAACCCCCAGGUGGACUUCGGGGUCAGCAGCAUUCUGCACCAGGAGGGGCCGUUGCCCGGGAAACCGGAGGCCAGCAGGGUCACCAUGGCAACAGCCGUCCUCUCGGUCUUCACCCGGACGCCCCACCUGGAGUCCCGCCUGGGGCAGGAUGUCCUGCUGGACUGUGGCUUCUCGGCUCCGCCCAUGGCCUUCUCGGUCGAGUGGCGCCACCAGCACGGCGGAGCCGGACAGGUGAUCCUGGCCUACGACGGAGCGACCCAACACAUGGCGGUGUCUGAGGAGGGCGCCCGCCUCUUCCUGGACCCCGGGAGCAGCAACGUCUCCCUGCAGCUACAGGGCGCUCAGGUGCGGCACGAGGGCACCUACAUCUGCUCCGUCUACCUGCCCCACCUGCAGGCCCAGCAGGCCGUGGAGCUCAAGAUCGUGCAGCCGCCUAAGGUCACCCUCCGCCCGGUCCCCCUCCCGGUGCCCCUCAACACCCACACGGACCUCGCCUGCGAGAUCGCCGGCUAUUACCCCCAGAGCGUCUCCGUGGCCUGGAAGUGGCACACUCCCAGCGCGCCCCACAAGGUCCUCCUGGAAACGUGGGAAUCGGGACACCGACAGGCGCCGGAUGGCACCUACAGCUUCACCAGCUUUGCCCGCCUCCCAGCUGCCCAACAGGGGGACCAAGGGGGCUCGUACAGCUGCCACGUGAGUCACGCGGGGCUGGGGCCGGCAGGGCUCCAGAAGACCCUGAAGCUGAAAGUGGCAGGCUCCUCGGCCCCCUCCGUGGAGGACGUGAUCGGCCUCUUCCUGGUGACCUUUGCCCUCCUGGGCUUCCUGCAGGUGCUUUCCCGGAGAGUCUUUGGGGAGACGGUGACGGCAGAGCCAAGCAGCCAGAAUCCUCCUCCGCCUGAAGCCUUGCGGCCGGCUGCUUCUGCCCCCAAGGAGGGCCAGGGGGACGGCAAGCGGCAGCCCUCUGCACAGGGGUCCUCGUCGCCAGGCCCCACUCCGAAGUGACAGUCCUCCUGCGUGGCAGAGCCUCACUUUGGAUCCUGAAGGAAGGGGCUGCGCAAGUGUUGGGGGCGCUCAAGAAGCUCCCCCCCCCAUGAAUCUUAGUUGGCAAUUUGGGGAGGGGGUGCUGAACCUGCUUAGGGUGUCUGUCUGUCCUUCCCUGCUCCUUCUCUGCCCCGCCCCUUUGGCGAGGCCUCCCUACCCGUCUCUGGUGCCCCUCGGAUGCCUGGGCGCCUCUCCUCACUUUUUCCCCCUCCCCCCCGAGCAAAGUCCUGGGCAGACCCUCCCCCACAGGCUGCAUUGGGAGGGGAGCUGUUAGCAGCCAGCCUGGCCUACUCUGGGGCCCCCAGGUGGGUGGGAGGCCUUAAAAAAGCCGGCCGAGGGGCCCCGUGUGUGGUUUCCCCCCCACCAGUGUGAGUUGUUUUGCUUCCCGUGCUGAAGAGGCUCCCUUAGUUGGGGUGGGGGUGGGGUUCUUCUGCUCCCCCCCCCCCCCUGCAGGAUGGAAGGGAAGCCCUUGGCCGGGUGAGGGGGAUUCCCACCAUCAAAGCCUCCGGCUCCCUGAUCGGUCCCAGGAAGAGGUUCUGGAAGGGAGCAGAGGGGCCACCCUGGUUCCAGGCUGCCGGGAGCAGAGACCCGGCCCAGAAGAGACCGAAGCUCCUCGGUGGCGGUGGCAGCGUCUCCACGCCUGGAAGACCAGGGGGCGCCAGGAACGGAGGACUUUCCCUGUGGUGCUGCCACCCGCAGAUCUCCCCCUCCCCACCCCCCAGUGGGACUCGUGGCUGCUGCCCUCCCCCCGGGCCAUGUGCCCCUGCUUAACCCCCCCCCUCAACACACACACACACACACACACACACACACACACAGCCCUGGGCCUGUCUGGGGUUUGCCUGCUGUAGAUGGUCCUCUGUUUUCCGUGCUCUGUAGCUGCUUAUAAAGAUUCCCUUUUCUACUCUC